AUGAGACUGUACGUUUUGAUUCUGUGCUUUCUGGUUAUAAUAUGUUUGGCCAGAAGAGAUUCAAAUCAAAAGUUGAAGGCAUGUUGUGCCAGACAAAAAACCGCUGAUAAAAUGUGCAAGAAGAGAUUCUGUGACUUCGAAGCAAUCCAUCAAGGGAAUAUGCUUCACUACCUGAACACUUGUGGACCAAAGAAUCAAACAGUUCAGUUGAUGUGGGACUGUGCUUCUUCUAGAGCCGAUCAUACCGAAUGUUGCAAGAAGAACAAUGUUCUUCCCGCAUGUCUUCCAUAUUGUGCCGCCCAAGGAACCGUUCCAAAUGAGCAAGUGACUCAUGUUUUUUGUAUGCAAAACUUCAACAACAUCAGAGAUUGCUUCCGUUCUCAUCUUGAGAAAAGACCGAAUAUUUUUGGAGAUAAUUAA